AUGGAAACACAUCUGCAUUUCAGUCUCAAUGGUGAUGUCAGAACUUUUAACGUAUUUCAGUCGGUCGUAAGUAGAGAUUUGGAUGAAAAUCAAAGAGCUACGCGUGCUAAUUUUAUUCAAAAAUUAAUUAAUAAAAAGAAACAUUUAGAAGGAAGAUUGAAACUAAUCGGAGGUGCUAACAAAUACGAAGGUAAUAUCUAUAUAUACCACGCUGGGCGUUGGGGCGCAAUAUGCGAUGACUCCUGGGAUGAAGCUGCAGCUCAAGUUGCUUGCAGAACAUUUAACAGGACCGGUGUUGCCACACAUGGUGGUCAAUUUGGAGAAGCUACAGAAAAGUUUUGGAUGGAUGAUGUAGUCUGUGAAGGGAACGAGCCAUCGCUAUUGCAAUGUAUUUUUAGUGGAUGGGGCUCAUCUGAUUGUGAGAGGAGUGAAGUAGCUGGUGUUAUUUGUAGAGAAAAAAUAGAAGAAAGUCCUCUUCCUCUGAAACAACCAAAGAGAAUGAAAACUAAAACGUUCUUACACCAAGUGUUAGACGUGCGUGGAACUAGUUUGCGGCUAGUUGGUGGGCGAAAUUCUAAUGAAGGCCGAGUUGAGAUUUACCACAAAGGAAUUUGGGGCAGUAUUUGUCCUGACGGCUGGACUAUAUACGAAGCUGCAGUUGUAUGUAAACAUUUAGCUCUAGGCUACGCUGAACAAGCACUCCAAACUGAUUACUUUGGAUCUUCUCGGAUCGUACUGAGCGGAUUGCAGUGCGAGGGGAACGAAACCAAUUUAUUUAUGUGCAAACACGGCGAGUUUGGUAACGUGUUUUGUCCUGGAGAAAAGGGAUACGUAGCCGGAGCUGUUUGCACACGAUACUUACCAGACUUACUUCUCGACACCACAGUUAUAGAACGAACCGCUCAUUUACACGACGUUCCUAUGUUCCAACUACAAUGUGCUAUGGAAGAAAACUGUCUCAGUAAAUCAGCAUAUGAGAUUCAGCAGACCAACUCAAAUUGGCAAUUCGAAACUCGUCGUUUGCUUCGCUUCACUGCGUCUUCGUUGAACAUUGGCAAUGCGGAGUUCAGGCCAUACCUACCCAAGCAUCUAUGGCAAUGGCAUCUUUGUCAUAUGCACUAUCACAGCAUGGAAGUGUUUGCAACUUUUGACAUUUUGCAUGCAGCUGGAAACAGAAUAGCUGAAGGGCACAAAGCUUCAUUUUGCUUAGAGGAUAACACAUGCUUACCAGGUGUUGAACAAAAAUAUUCCUGCAAAAAUUAUGGAGACCAAGGCGUAUCAAUCAAUUGUUCAGACAUUUAUCAUUACAAUAUUGAUUGUCAAUGGGUUGACGUCACAGAUGUUGUACCAGGAUAUUAUACGUUUAAGGUAGCGGUCAAUCCCCACGCAAGAGUUGCAGAACAGCAGUAUCAUAACAAUGUCGCAUCUUGUAUGUUAACGCUUAGUGAUACUUACGCUGCAGUCCAUGGUUGCAAACUUGAGAGACCGUAG